AUGAACCUCUCAAACACUGGGAGCAGUUUCCCAACAGCUGUGUAUCGGGACACUUUAACCACAGCUAUAAUCAAGAAUGGGAUCACUGUGGUUUUCUGCAUCUCCAUCAACUACGUCAACAGUACCCUGGUGUACACCUUCUCAAAACAUCAGGUAUUCAACGUGAACCCUCGCUACAUCCUGUACAUCCACCUGGUGAUCAAUGAUAUCAUUCUGCUGAGUCUGUUUACCCUCCUUCAGGUCCUGAGUUACAUCGUGUACACUCUUAACGUCUCUCUAUGUAUAGUCCUGCUAAUUAUUUCUAUAUUAGCAAGUCUAAACAAUCCCCUAACAUUAGCCGUUAUGUCAGUUGAGUGUUACAUCGCCAUAUGCUACCCUCUCCGCCACACCCAGAUCUGUACAGUCAGGAAAACAUAUGUUGUGAUCGGUCUAAUUUGGGCAUUAAGUAUACUCUCCAUCCUACCAGAUUUGUUUGUGGCCUUGGCAACAGAAUCCCUUGAAUUCUUUCAUUCCAGAGUUUUUUGUCUCAGAGAGACUGUUUUUAGAGACCCUCAUCUGACAGUGAAGAGAGACGUUUCCAACUCAGUGUUUUUGGUCAUCAUUUGGCUCACCCUAGUCUAUUCAUACUUCAGGAUCCUGUUCGCUGCAAAGGCAGCUGCCACAGACGCCAAGAAAGCGAGGAACACUGUCCUCCUCCACGGCUUCCAGCUGCUGUUGUGUAUGCUCACCUACGUUUAUUAUCUCAUAAUACAGGGUCUGACAUACUUGUUACCAAAAGAGGUGCUGGCCAUUCGCUUCACCAUCUCGAUAUUUGUUCAGGUUCUGCCUCGACUAAUCAGUCCGGUGGUUUAUGGGCUACGAGACAAGACAUUCAGGAAUUACCUGAAAAGACAUCUGUUCUGUACAACUAGUGCUAACAUUCAUCCAAUAACAAAUUUAAAGCGGGCAUAA